AUUAGAUUAUUCGAUGUAUACGUAACGGUAAUUAUGUCUGAUGAAGAAGAUAUAGAUAUAAAUAAGAAGUUCGAAGAUUUACUACUCGCUGAAGAAAAUGCCCAAGAUAUAGGUUACAAAGAAGGUUUCGAAUUUGGCAAAAAACAUUUUGUAACUGCAUUUCAUUAUGGACACCAUAAAGGCAGUUCGUUAGGUGCACAAUUGGGGUAUUACAGUGGUAUUUUGGAACAAUACUUGAGUACUAACGAAUGUAACACAGAGAAGAGUGUUUCCAUUGCACGAAAGCUUUUGCAGGAUAUUUAUAAUGUUCCCAAAUUUAAUGACGAGACGGUGGAUAUGUUGAAAACCAUAGAUAAUAUUAAAUCUCAAUAUGCCAAAUUUUGUGCACUAGCGAAAAUAUGUUCGUCAUACCCAGAAACGGAUAAACUGAAUUUUUAAUUACACAAGAAUAUACUUAAAUGAACAAAAACCAAAAUAAUAUUACUAAUGUUUUGGCUUCAUAUUUUUUGUUUCUCAUAGUC